UUUUUUUUCUUUUUUAUUUGAGAAUGAGGGGAAUGGUAAAUUUAAGCUAUGAUGGUCACCUCCUUUCUAGUGAAUAGACACAACACAGUUAUGACACAGUGACAGUUUGAAAAUAACAAAACUACAAAUUUCAGCCAGAACAAUCUCUCCUCCCAGUCUCAAUUGUGAGCCUUAAGCACGAGAACGUGCCACCCAAUAGAACAAACAGAACCCCCAGCGUCAAAUUCAGCAUAAUUAAAGCACCACAAAAGGCAAAGCUUUCCAUAAUAGUCCAAAACUCCUCACUCUGAAACCUUGCCGGGGGACUUCAAUAACUUCCUUGUUCUUUCUUUGAUAAGCAAAUCAGCAUUCGUAGUUUCUUUGAUUUCAUGCAAGGAGAUUAACAAGGCGAAGAAUGUUGUGCCAGCGUUGGGUAUGGUUGGAUCACAUGCAUCAUCAUUGAUCGUACAUCCGUUGUUGUAGUGCACUUUUUUGGAUUGAUUUAGAUGACAAAUUCGGUGCUAAGAUGAGCCUGAGAAUUUUCCCAGAUAUCAAAGAAGAAGAAGAAGAAGAAGAAGAAGGUUCGAUGCAACAAGGCCAUGAAUGAGGUACCUGGCUCUGUGGGCACUAGUGCUGGCUUUUCUCUGAGAUUGGCACAGGCCCUUUUUUCUUCUGCUUCUCUUCUCUUCAUGUCUUUGGGAGUUGAGUUCUACAGCUACACUGCUUUCUGCUAUUUGGUAACAAUCAUGGGCUUGGUCAUUCCAUGGAGUUUCACGUUGGCGUUGGUAGAUGGGUACUCUGUUCUGGUCAAAUGCCCUGUUCGUCAGCCUGGAAUAUUGCUCAUAAUUGCUGCGGGAGACUGGGUUUUAUCAGUUCUCACACUAGCCGCAGCAUGCUCCACGGCUAGCGUUGUGGAUCUCCUCCUCCACUCAGGCGGGCCCUAUUGCCCGCCAAAGUGUUGCAGCAGAUACCAACUGUCUGCCGCCAUGGCUUUUCUCACUUGGUUUCUGUCUUUGGCUUCAGCUCUUCUCAAUCUCUGGGUGCUCCCCUCCUUAUAAUUCUCGGUUGGGGUAUUUGUUGUCUAACAGUUUGCAGCAUUUCAAUUUUGCACCCAAUGCUUCUAUGGACUUCAGCUGAUCCUUUCAUGGGGUUGGUUGUGCAGUUGUGAUGGAAAAACUGAAAAAGUUUAGCUAGAUAAUCUGAAUUUUGGACCAUAAAGAGACGUGCCCAAGGGUUUGGCUUUUUCAUCAUGUGCAGGGAUGCUCUAAUUUUCCCAGCAUUACAGCUCAGAUGUCCUGCUGCUGCAAUACCCCUUGUAUUGCUGGAGACAACAGACAGAUAGAUGAGAUAAAAGAUAGCUUACAAUCAUGUAAUUUUCGAAACUGUAUUUGCAUUAUUCAAAUGAAGCUUUAACUGAGAAACAAAGAAAAACCAGGUAUUCAGUUUGGCAAACGAUAGGGAUAGUCUAUCAAUGAUAUACUGCAUUUUGAGGACACACUCAUCAAGCACAAUAACUGACUCUAUGUCCAACUUACUGAAAUCUUUCAAAAUUUUAUCAUAGGAAGAUACUGUCUUCCCCUGAACAUCAAGUUUAAGGCAUACAAGGUUGUGAAACAUGAAAUAAAAUAAUUCUAGUAAAAUGGAUAAUAUCCAGGUGGGUGCCUUCUACUUGUCUGGAGCAAUUUGUUUCUAUCAUCCUUCCUCCUCUCUUCAGCAGGCACCAUGAGCUGCUCAUAUAUACAACCGGUUUACAGAAACAUGUCAGGAGGUUUAAGCACCAUCCAACAUAUAGUUGAUAACAGAACCU